AUGGCGGCGCCCACAACAAUAAUAUUUUCAUCCUUCGUCAUCGGUUUGAUAACACCGCUACAAGCCAUUUAUCCAUUCAGAAACACGUCCUUGUCGAUAGAUGAGCGUGUUGCAGAUCUCAUUAACCGACUGUCACUGGAUGAGAUUGCCGAGCAAAUGGCGGGCGCGGGGGGAGGAGGCAUGCACGGUGGCGAACCUUCCCCAGCAAUACCUCGCUUGGGUAUUGGGAAGUUCGUGUGGUCAGUUGAAUGCCUGAGGGGCGACGGCAUGGCAGGAAAUGCAACAUCUUUCCCGCAAGCCUUAGGUCUCGCAGCUUCAUUUAACCGGGAGAUAAUCUAUAAAGUAGCCACUGCCACAGCCGCUGAAGUAAGGGCUAAAAACAAUGACUUUGUGAAGCGAGGAAUAUUUCACGACCACACUGGCCUAGGCUGCUUCAGUCCUGUUAUCAACAUCAUGAGACACCCCUUGUGGGGCAGGAACCAGGAAACCUAUGGUGAGGACCCAUAUCUGACUGGUGACUUGGCAGCAUGGUUUGUCCGCGGCCUGCAAGGAUCGCACCCUCGGUACCUGGCUACAGCUGCCACCUGCAAACACUUCGCUGCCUAUGAUGGGCCUGAAGACCUCCCUGUAGGGAGAGAGAGUUUUAAUGCCAAGGUUUCUGAGUUUGACUUGCGGACAACGUUCCUACCGCAGUUCAAGUCUUGUCUGAAGGCGGGGGCGUCCGGUGUGAUGUGCAGCUAUAACAGCGUGAACGGCAUCCCUGCGUGUUUGAGCAAGUACCUGCUGACGGAUGUGUUGAGGACUGACUGGGGUUUCCCCGGCUACGUGGUGAGUGACGCGGGGGCGCUGGAGUUCUCCAUCCAGUUCCACCACUACCUCCCGACCUACCCCGACACAGCUGCAGCCGCCGUCCAGGCCGGACUCAACCUGGAGCUGGCACCGGAUCACUACAACACUACAGUGUACAGGGCAAUCCCUGCAGCAGUGGAGAGGGGUCAGUUGUCAGAGAGUCUGGUCAGGGAAAGGGUCAAGCCAGUGUUUGCCACCCGGCUGAGACUGGGGGAGUUCGACCCACCCUCUUUGAACCCCUACACCCAGUACAACCUGUCCCUCAUCCAGAGCCCAGAACACCAGGAACUGUCUCUCCAAGCUGCUAUACAGUCCCUAGUGUUGCUGAAGAAUGAUGGGAUCUUACCUCUCAAGAAGAAGCUGAAGACACUGGCACUAAUUGGCCCCAUGGCAAACACGACAAGUCAGAUAAUGGGAGACUACUCUGCUGAUGUGGAGGAGAGGUACAUAUCUACUGUGUUGGAUGGCAUCGCCCUGAGUGAGAUGAUGCGGUACUCGGCGGGAUGUGACGACACGUGGUGCCGGGAGUACAGGGCAGCGGAGGUCAUUCAGGCUGUGUCUUCUACUGAUGCUACAGUCCUCUGUCUUGGUACAGGCCAGGCAGUCGAGACAGAAAACUUUGAUAGAGUGGAUAUGCUGCUCCCAGGGAAACAGAAGGACUUGUUGCAAGAUGUCAUCAAGUAUUCGAAAGGUCCAGUAAUCCUGCUACUGUUCUCAGGAGGUCCUCUUGAUAUCCGUCUGGCCGUCAGUUCUGCUAAAGUGGCCGCCAUCUUGCAAUGCUUUUUCCCAGCUCAAGCUACUGGCAAAGCUCUGCAGAGUGUGUUGACUUUGAGUGACUCCUACAGCAACCCUGCAGGGAGAUUACCGUUCACAUGGUAUGCCUCUCAACAGCAGGUCCCCAAGAUGACAGACUACUCUAUGAAGAACAAAACUUAUCGCUACUUCACCGGGGAGCCUUUGUUCCCCUUCGGCUACGGCUUGUCCUAUUCCAAGUUCAAGUACACUGACUUCCACAUACAGCCAGUGAAGGUGAAGGUCGGGGAGAGCGUCACCAUCACCUUCAAAGUGACGAAUCUGGGACCACAUGAUGGGGAUGAGGUGGUGCAGGUGUAUAUGUCCUGGCAUAACUCCUCUGUGUCUGCACCUCACAUACAGCUGGUGGCAUUUGAUAGGAUCCACUUGAAAAACAGGCAGACAGUCAGCCAGAAGUACACAGUCACUCCAGAACAGAUGGCUGUAUGGGUGACAGAGAAGGGGUUUGUGGUUGAGCCAGGUGAGAUGACACUGUACACGGGGCCUAUACCAGCCACGCUUCCAAGGCAGGGAGUCCGGUCUCCCCUGUUGGAGGGGAGCUUCACAGUGUACAGAUGAUGUUCUGUGUGAUCAGCAUGAUCAAGAGCUUAGGAAUAUAUCAGGUUUACCCUUCUUUGAAAGAACAGUGAGCUCAACAACCCGGCCUUAGGAAUAAAUCAGGGUUCCCUUCUUUGAAAAGAUAGUUAGCUCAACAAUCCAGGUUUAGAAAUAUAUCAGGGUUACCCUUCUUUGAAAAGAUAGUGAGCUCAACAAUCUGGGUUUAGGAAUAGAUCAGGGUUCCCUUCUUUGAAAAGAUAGUGAGCUCAACAAUCCAGGUUUAGGAAUAUAUCAGGGUUCCCUUCUUUGAAAAGAUAGUGAGCUCAACAAUCCAGGUUUAGGAAUAUAUCAGGGUUACCCUUCUUUGAAAAGAUAGUGAGCUCAACAAUCAAGGUUUAGGAAUAGAUCAGGGUUACCCUUCAUUAAAAGGGUAGUGAGCUCAACAAUCCGGGUUUAGCAUUACCCUUCAUAGAAAUGGUAUGGACUGGCUGAUUCUAUCUGUGAUAUUUAUAUGAAGAGGGAGGUUACAUUCUUUAAUUAUUUUGUAAAGCACAUCUCUCCCCAUCAGUGUAUGUAGUCAACAUGCUUUUCAGGAUAUGUCAUAGUUUCCUACUCUGGGAUGCUCACGUCAUGUCAUGCUCACGUCAUGUCAUGCUCACGUCAUGUCAUGCUCACGUCAUGUUCACGUCAUGUCAUGCUCACGUCAUGUCAUGCUCACGUCAUGUCAUGCUCACACACCAGAUUAUUCAUGCAUUUAUUUACCAUAAACAGUAAACUGAUAGUCACUUUUCUCACACUUGAUGUAUUGGUGAUGGUGACUUUCAGUCAUAAUCGACUGAUGUCUAUUACUAUUGGUGAACAAUUUUACAUCAUGGAUGUGUAGUUUCUGUAUGUAUAUUUUGGUCAUAUUUCAUCACUGUGUAAAUAAACCAAGAUUUUUUCAUGA